GGCUCCGCCCCCGCCCCCGCCCCGCCCCCGCCCGGCUAGUGCGGCUGCUGCGGGGAGCGCGCGUUGCCAGGGCGGCCCGCCGGGCGAGGGGAGCGCGAGAGGCGGCGGCAGCAGCAGCGGCGGCGGCGACAAGGAGCUCCUGUGAUCUGCGCCCACUUUCCUCUUCACCCGGCAGCCCUGAGAUGAGCCGGCUUUUGCAGGGCUGAGCCGUGCCAGACCCCCCUCCUUGCCCAGAAUGGAAGCCCGGGGGGAGAAAGCGGAGGAGGCCGCCGAGGCGCUGCGGAUCACGGCCCAGCUGCUGAAGGCCAAGACGGGCGAGUUUGACCUGGAGUCCAUCUUGCUGCUGAAGCUGCGGGGCCUGGGCCUCUCGGACCUGGGCUGUGUGGGCGAGUGCGCAAACCUGGAGUGGCUGGACCUCUCCGGCAACGCCAUCACCCACCUGGGCCCGCUGGCCUCCCUGAAGGUCCUUGCCGUCCUCAACAUCUCCGCCAACCGCGUGGCCACCUUGGAGCCGCUGGCCGGCUGCGAGAGCCUGCAGAGCCUCAACGCGGCCGGCAACCUCUUGAGCGGCUUCCAGCAGCUGCAGGGCCUGGCGGGGUUGCGGCACCUGGAGAGCGUGCGCCUCUGCAGCCCCGCAGGCUGCCUCAGCAACCCCCUCUGCGCCUCCCCCGGCUACCGCUCCACCAUGGCCGAGAUGUUCCCCGGCGUCAAGGUGAUCGACGGUGAGAGGGUCUCGGGGCGGGGCAGCGAGCUCUACCGGCUGUGCCAGGACCUCGACAGCUCCCUCAAGCGCUUCCCCGGCAGUGGCGGGGCCGGGGUCCUGGAGCUCGUGGGCUCGGCCAAACCCUGGGUGGCAGACGGCUACUGGGACCUCCGCCCCACUCGCCGCAGCUCCAUCAUGGAAGAGGCCUACAGGCAGUUCAGCGAGGCCCUCCAGGAGUGCAGGGAGCUCAGCAAGCGAGCCGACGACACCAUCACCCAGGCCGAGCGGGCCCUGAACAUCCGCCCAGACUCCAGCUCCUACGUCUUUUGAGUGGGCCUGGGCCCCAAGACCCUCCCCUGGGCACUGGCCAGCUGGGCCCGAUCCCUGAAGCCCUUGCUGAUCUCCCGGGGCGCCGCUGGAUCCUUCUGAGGUGCCUCAAAGCCCCGGCCCCUGCUCCUUCCUGUAUCCCCUCCAGUUCCCUUCACAUUACGCUAGAGCCGGGGUGUCCAACUCUGGCCCUCCAGGUGUUCAUGGACUACGAUUCCAAUUGGCCAUUCUGGCAGGGACUGAUAGGAAUCGUAGUCCAUGAACAUCUGGGGUGCCAGACACCCCUGGAGGUGUCUGGCAGGAGGGAUCCAUCCGACUUGAUUCCCUGGGAACCCGAGCAAACGGGCUGCUGGGAUCCUGGGUGGGUUUUGUUGAGGCCCCACUGCCAGGGCCUUUGGGAGGGGAGCUGGCACACCUGAGCCACUCCAAAAAGAUUUGACCUUUGCCAGGACGGUGUGGCCACCGGUCUCCACCCCGGGGCCCUGGGCUGAGACCAUCAACUCCUAUGAGGAGGCUCUCUGAUCUCAAGGGCUGGGGACAUGGGGCACUUCCUCAUGAGUGACCCCAUCAAAGCCUGUCACCUGGGUUGAUUCUCACAGCCCCUUUUCCAUGCGGCAAAUCCAGGCAGGUCACGCUUAGGAGAGCCGGCCCCUCAAUUCUCUUGACAUGCGCAAGACCACAAGGGGCCCUGUUCUGGCAGGUGGUUGACUACUCUUGUCGGGGCUGCCAUGAUGACUUCACCUCCUCUGGCAGCCAUCAGGGACAACUGCACACAAAUGGUUGUGCGAAUUGGAGCAUGGAUGUAACGGGAUGGGCCAGCCAGCCAGAGCCACCCUUCCCUGCCCUGGGAUGCCGGCCGGUUGGCACUGGAGAGGCUGCCCUUUGGUGGCUUCAACCCUGCCUGGCCUCUCCGCACCAACGGGCAGAACUGACUUCGAUGCUCCCACUGCCUUUGCCUGGUUGCUGUACAUUGGGGCCCUGUGGGAUCCUCCCAGAGGCCCAUCAAAUUCUGACCCAGACAGACAGACCCAGUGCAGGAAGGCUUUCUUCCCUGCUGCCCCCCGCUGGCCCUUGCCACCCUAGCCUGGCACCCAGGUCAAAGGGAGCUCCCUCACCCUUGGGAGGAUCCUGUGCCCGAGUGUCCCCAUUUCCCAUCUGCCUGUGGCUUUAUGGCCAAAGUGUGGCUGCUCCAACGGGGACUCUAGGCGAACCUUUGGCACUCCAGAUGUUAAGGACUACAAUUCCCAUCCGCCCCUGCCAGCAUGACCAAUUGGCCAUACUGGCAGGGGCUGAUGGGAAUUGUGGUCCAUUACAUAUGGAGUGCCAAAGGUUCGCCACCACAUCUCUAGGAUGAUGACUGGAGGGCAGCAGCUGCCCCCACGGGGGAGUGGGUCUGGGUGGGAGGUGCCAGUGAGAUCAAGGAAGGUGAGCCCAGAGUGCCCUCAGGUGGGUACACAGCGGGUGAGGGUGGGCAGGACUGCCCCGUGAGGCUCUGGAGAAGCCUCUGGUGCUUUGAGCUUGGAAGGAUUGGGGCUCUAGAGUUUUUGGGGGGAGGGAGUGGGCUCUGCACCCCCUGCUCCAGCACUGUUCAAGUUUUCCUGUGAAAUAAAUGGGAUGUUUUCCAGCCCCCACGCUU